AUGUUUCAACAAGACAUACCAAGAUCAUUAGAAAGGAAAAGGCUCUUGGCCCCCGCAAGUUAUCGCAGUCUUUGUCUUAAGGCUAGAAAUGGGUUGUUGAAGACAACCAUUACCAACCAGUCAGGUCUGAUGCAGAUUGCAAAACGCAACUCACUUCAAUUUUCUUUACUCAAACUUCCAGGAAAGAUACGAAACAAGAUCUAUGGGUACGCAGUUGAAUACCACCCAGUUGGCAUACACGGCUAUUUCCCUAUUAGAAGAUAG